AUGUCGGUAGAGCCUGCUGCGAAGAAACCGAAGCUUGAGCUGAGCGACCCAAGCGAGCCACUGACGCAAAGUGAUGUGGUCGCGUUUCAGAAGGAGGCGCUCUUCAGAUGCUUGAACCAGCGGCGCAACGAGUACAACUACUUGCACGAGAGGUACGAGGUCUCGAAGAAGUCGUACAUGGAAAUUAGCAUGAAGCUGGCGAACAUCAUCGCGCUAGUAGUCACUUUAGCCAAGUUUUUAGAGUAUUCGUUGACCGAUGAAAAUGACAAAAGCAUAUGUAACAAGCUGGCAGAGGGCGAUGAGAAUCUCAUUGUGCAGAUGAGCGACUCGUUCAUGAAGAUCUUGACCAAGUUUGUCGCUGGAAAGGGCGAGGAAUCGUUGGAGUACGAGAAGUUGAUCAGUUUCACAAAGGAGCUCAAAAUUUUACAGCAGUCCAAGAUAGAGCUCACGAACGAAAAUACAAAACUGGUGGCGGAAAUUCGACAGCUGAAGCAAUUCUAUGAAAACCUGAUAAAGAAAUACGACAGGGAGGACUCGCUGACCGUGAAACGAAUUUUCGAGAAAAGAGAUGGAGAAGCCGCCGAUGAAGAGAACAACGCUUCGGAGUCCAAUUCUGCAGUUGAGCGGACCAACUCGCCAGAAAAUCUGGCGGUGAAGCAAGAACAGAACAACGGCGAAUCUUUGAAGGCCGGUACGGAGAACAUUGCAAGUGACCCACAUGUAGAAGGGAACGCAGACCUUGCCGAUGAAUACGAGACCAAAAUCGCGAAACUUCAAAACGAACUUGAGUCGCUGAGACUUGUAGUCGACGAACUAGAAAAAAUAAAAAUACUCAACAGGGAUAAGAUCAGUACUUUAGAAACCGAUCUCAUGGGUUACAAAAAUGUAAACCACGACGACGAUAUAAAAGUUGAAAGGGAUUCGUGGCAAAAUAAGGUUGUUCUUUUAUCAAAGGAAAACCAGGAACUGAAAGGGAUCAACGACUCGUUUCUGUCCAAGUUCCAAGCGUUGUGCACAGAGAAGGAGAUAUUCAACAAUCAACUUACCAAGGAGUAUCAAGAGAACGCUGAAAAGUUCAAAACUCAAAUUACAACAUUAGAGAAAGACUUGGUAAGGAUCAGAACGGUUCGGGAUGAGUUGCUAAGCAAAAUAGCUAUUUUGGAGAGCGAAAAAUCCAAAUCAGAGUUGAUCGAAGAUAUUAAGAAAUCUUUGGAGUUAUCAAGAGCGACGUGGGAAAACCUGUGCGAAAACAGGAAACUUGAAAACCCUUCACAAGACCUGCUCAUGAAGGAAAUACAAGACAUGGAAAAGGCGUUCAAGUCCCUCAAUGAGCUAAACUCGAAAAAGUACAACGAUCUAAUCAAUCACGAGUCAGUUAUCUCCAAGCUGACAGUAGAAAAAACGAAAGCGGACCAGAAGUACUUUGCCGCAAUGCGUUCCAAGGAUUCUAUUUUGAUCGAAAACAAAAACCUAUCCAAAACUUUGGGUAAAACCAACGAACUCAUCGUGCAAUUGAAGGAUGCGGAAAAACUGUUACAACAGAAAAUCGAUGUUCUACAUAGGCAACUGAAACUGUCACAAGCUAAUGAGAAAAGGUUGAUCGAUUCCAACAAAUCCGAGUCUCUAAAAAUCAUUGAACUGAACUCACAGAUAAACAAGCUCGAGAAGUUGACCCAAUAUUACAAAGAUGAGAACGUGAACCUUUUGGGCGAAACAAACAGACUGCAGAGUGCAAAGGAAAGAUUCGAAAUUUCUAACAAAACGUUGGAACUGAAGGCCUCACAAAAUGAUCAAACAAUUACUAAAUUAGAGGAGAGAUUGAAGGCGCGGAGAGCAGGUGCCCUAGAGAGCGAUGAACCGCUGGCUGAGGAAUUGGAAAAUUUUAGAACUUUGGUGUAUUGCUCCCUGUGCUCCAAAAAUUGGAAAAACAUGGCGAUAAAGACAUGCGGUCACGUAUUUUGCGACAGUUGUUGUAAGGAGAGACUGGCUGCCCGGAUGAGGAAAUGUCCAACUUGCAACAAUCCGUUUGCAUCAGGUGAUUUAAUACCCAUCCAUCUGUGA